AUGACCUGGGACCAAAGCCAACAUCUGGCAAUCUCGGAGUAUGAACGGGAUGUAGAGUUGGAUCAGCAAGUGGAGAAGGAUGAUAAUGAGUGGAUUGAGAAGCUCCUUGCGGCAGAGCAGGCUUCUUCUAAAUUUGAGGGUACCAUCACCAUUGACCUUGUGAUGCCAGCUGCCAAGGAUAUAAACAACGGUGCUACAGUAGGAAGCGCCACAAAUAUGGCAGCACUAUUGGAGAAUAUGAAAGCAGUUGUCAACGACCUUUGGACGGAAUUAGAGACUGCGGCGGAAGAACUGGCUCAAGCCAAGGAUGCGGAGGCUGCCAAGGAUGCUCGCAUCCUGGAAUUUGAGGCCAAAAUGGCUGAACAAGCAUUGAUCACAGGAAAGCACCGUUUGUCAAGCCCCUCCUCCAGCAAAGCAACAUCACCAGCUGACAGUGGGGGUGGUCCCGUCACACAAGGUUGCGGCGUUUGA